ACAAGCUGCUGAUUGGCCCUUUCUAGCUGGGGAUUUCCGCCGGGGCACUUCCUUCACGACUCCAUGGUUCGAGUCCUCUGUCACUCACUCUGAGCAAGUCAGAAACCUGUGACAAGUCAACAGAGCGUUUGCAUGUGCAUCAUGGAUGCUCUUUUGCCCUCCAUGCUUGAGGAUGACCCACACCAGAUGGGCGAGCCGGCGAUCCGCAUCUUUGAGCAACCCAGGAUGAGAGGAAUGCGCUUCCGGUACAAGUGUGAGGGUCGUUCGGCUGGCAGCAUCCCCGGUGAGAAAAGCACGGACAACAACAGGACCUACCCCAGUCUGCAGAUUCUGAAUUACAGUGGCAAGGGUAGAGUGUGUGUUUAUUUGGUGACAAAGAAUGAGCCAUACAGGCCACAUCCUCAUGAUUUGGUGGGCAGGGACUGCACAGAUGGCUACUACGAGGCCGAGUUUGGGCCGGAUCGCAAAGUAAUCGCUUUCCAGAAUCUGGGGAUCCGGUGUGUGAAGAAGCGGGAGGUGAAAGAUGCCAUUUUACAACGGAUUAGCAAAAGGAUCAACCCCUUCAAUGUGCCGCAAGAGCAGCUGCUGCAGACAGAAGAGUAUGACCUGAACGUGGUCCGCUUGUGUAUACAGGUUUUCCUGCAAGAUGACAACGGCCACUACACUCGAGUACUCAACCCUGUAGUCAGCAACCCCAUCUAUGACAACAGGGCCCCAAACACUGCAGAGCUGAGGAUCUGUCGGGUCAACAGCAACAGCGGCUCUGUUAAGGGAGGAGAUGAGAUCUUCCUCCUUUGUGAUAAAGUGCAGAAAGAUGACAUAGAAGUCCGAUUUUUCUCUUCUAAUGGCUGGGAGGCCAAAGGCUCAUUCUCCCAAGCCGACGUUCAUCGCCAAGUGGCCAUCGUCUUUAAGACGCCGCCUUUCUACAACACCUCUAUCACGGAGUCGGUCACUGUACACAUGCAGCUACGCCGACCGUCCGAUGUGGAAGUGAGCGAGCCACUGGACUUCCGAUAUCUUCCCGAUGACAAAGACCCUUAUGGCUAUAAUAAGAAAAAACGCAGUCGAGAGAAUUUAAUGAAGAUGUCCGGAUUGUCAGCUGUUCCCUUUUCUAGUCUGGCUACGAGCAGGCAAAGGGCAGUGCCACAGAGCACCAGGAAUCACAUGCAAGGCCUCAGCAUGUACCCGAGGCAGCCUCCACCUCCAAUGCAGCAGCAACCUGCAUUCAACCAACCCUACCAUGCAAAUGUUCCAGUCAGCCAUUCUUGGACAAACCCCAACCAAGUACUUCCGAUGGAUACGGCCUCCGUCAAUCCUUCUAACAUCAUGGGCAAUCCGCCCCGGCCGAAGAACUGUCGGCCACAGCAUCAAAACCAUGGUUCUGCUUUCCCCUGUGAAAGCAGUCUCCUCCCUGAGCUCUCUAUGAGGGACUUGCAGUGCUUGGACGCAGUUCCUCAAGUUCCUGUGAUGAGCCAGCCUGAGUCCCACCCACUCUUCCAUUCACAGCACCAGGGGCCAGGACCUGCCUUUGAUAACCGGGUCCAGAACCACCUUGGGAGUCAGAACCAGGGCUUUCAAAAUGCGUGGAACAAUUUUAGUGCCCUCAGUCCAUUUCAGAUGGAGAGCACAGUUCCUGGUUCAGAAAAGAGUGCUCAGGGGCUGGGAAAUUUCCCACUCCUGGAGGGAAUGGAAAGAAAUGAAUUUAUGAAGGGCCAAGUCGGAAGAGAAUCUCAGACGGGGUUCCAACUGAAGCAAGAGUCUCACGUCUCAGUCAAGCAAGAGUCUACCUUGCCUGCGAUGCCUUUUCCUCAAGAACCCCACGCGAACACAUACACCAACCUUCUUCCUCGUUCUAUGAGUAACGGCACCAACACGAAUGUUUUAAGGCAGGACGGUGGAAGAAAACCACACCUUGCUCACCCGAAUCUUAAAGACCCUUACUCUACCAAUCACAUGACUUCUGAGAGUCACUUUUCAACUUUGGAGGACUGGAUCAGAGCCGAGACAAGCCAUUCCUUAAAACAGUGACCACUAGGAAUCACAUCAACAGAAGGUGCUCGGAUCCAAAGAAUUCAUCUCGUCGCAUUGAGCAUUGAAUUCCUGCAAAUUGAAACCGAUACUAGUCCUAAGCAUGCUAAUUGGGCAUUUGCUUUGCCGUGUAAUGUAUUGUGGAUGACAUCAGUGGGUGAGCACAAUCAUUGGUACAGUUGUUCCACACGCUAACCAGCGCCAGGGAACGAUUUCAUGGCACUUGGUAAUGCAAAUCUUUAUUUGGUGGAGUACUUCAUUAUUUUCACCAGAUAAUAACUAAUCAUAUUCCAUUUUAGAUCAUUUAUGACAGGAAAAAUUGCUGCAGUUCCAAUGCACUUUUGUCUUCUGUUAUUUUGAGCUUUCGUCAGAUUUCUUAAACGUAAACCAGAACAAGAGAUGAGCUUGUGAUGAAGGCCACGAAAGUUAGAGGAGGAUAUCGAAGUGGGCUCGUGGUACACUCGCUUGACUUUGGUACAGGCAAUGUGGGUUCAGUUCCCACUCAGUGACAGUGUGAACGUGAGUGUCAGUGGUUGUCUCUCCCUAUUUAUGUCUUGUGAUUGUCUGGCAACUUGUUCAGGGUGCAAGUUGCCUGUUGCCAUAAGUGAGCUCGGGUCGGCUCCUGUUCCUCCUAUCCAUAAGAGCAGUGUUUUUCAAACCUUGUGCCGCGGCACACUGGUGUGCCGCAAGAUAUUGUUAGGUGUGCCGUGGGAAAUUAUACAAUAUGUAUGCCUGUGCGGUCGAUUGCCUGGAAUAGUAAUCAUGUAGUUCUCUUCCAUACCAGUAGGGAGCAGCAGCAGCUGGAAAUUUCCUUAUGUUUCGAGACAAGCGAAGUUUCCGACGCGAGGCAAUACAAUGAAAGGUAUCUUUCAUUUCGAUUUACUUUUUACCGGAGAUGCAACGGCACCAAUGUUCCCUCUAAGCUGUGCAACUGCGCACUGGUCUCACACUGUCAGCGCACAAGAAAACCUAUCCAGCACAGUAAACGCACUGCGAAUGAAUUAGAUAUGUAAC